AUGGCAGGGUGGAAAGUCAGAGUAUUGAGCACAGCAGGACGGCUCACGCUUGCGAAAUCAGUACUUGCAUCGAUCCCUGUACAUUCGAUGGGCACAAUCCUCUUGCCAAAGGCUACAAUGGCUAAACUGGACCAGCUCUCGAGAUCCUUCUUGUGGGGAAGCAAUGGAGGGACCAAAAAACAGCACCUAGUGGCCUGGGAACGAGUGUGUCUCCCCAAGUGGGAGGGAGGUUUGGGCUUGCGUCCCGCAGGAAGUAUGAACAUAGCUAUGAUAGCCAAAGUCGGAUGGAGGCUGUUACAAGACCACACUAGCCUUUGGGCACGUGUACUACGGAGCAAGUACAAGUUAGGUGAAGCUUUAACCGGCAAUUGGAUAGUAAAGAAGAACCAUUGGUCAUCGACAUGGAAGAGUAUAAUGGUGGGUAUCAGGGAAGUGAUUUUCCAAGGUCAAGGCUGGGUUGUAGGAGAUGGGAAGUCCAUUAAGUUCUGGACAGAUAGAUGGGUGUCGGAUCAACCGUUGGUCGAUACCACAAGAGCAGAACUGCCGGAAAAUUAUGAAACCCUAACGGUCAGGGACUUAUGGCAAGAGGGUACAGGGUGGAUCUGGGACAAGAUCCUCCCCUUCGUGUCAGACAAUACGAGACUUGAAUUUCUGUCUUUAGUGGUGGAUACAGUUACAGGCGCAACAGACCGAAUAUCUUGGUUACUUAGCCCGAGUGGAGAAUUCUUGGUGCGAUCAGCUUACAUCCUUCUGACAAGGAAUGAGUGCCCGCGACAGUCUAUGGAGUCAUUCUUCAGCCGUAUAUGGAGUGUUAUGGCACCUGAACGAGUGAGGUUUUUUCUUUGGCUAGUAGGGAAGCAAUGCGUCAUGACGAAUGCAGAAAGGAAGAGGAGACAUCUCUGUGACUCGGAUAUUUGUCCCGUGUGUAAAGGUGGAGUGGAAACGCUCAUACAUAUCAUUAGAGACUGCCCUGCCAUGCAAGGUAUCUGGACCAGACUUGUCCCAGCCAGGAAGCAACAUGAGUUUUUCAUGAAGCCGCUCCUGCCAUGGUUAUAUGAGAAUCUGGGAGAGGACGGUGUAACGUUUGGAGUGCCGUGGUCUACUCUGUUUGGGAUGUCUAUUUGGUGGGGUUGGAAGUGGAGAUGCGGGAACCUUUUUGGAGAGAAUGGGAAGUGCCGGGAUCGGGUGCGCUUUCUCAAGGACCUCGCGAAAGAAGUGCUUACAGUCUCUGAAGCGUGUCUGACACAGAACCCGAAACCGUUACGGGAGGAACGAAUGAUCAGGUGGAUACAGCCGCAAACAGGGUGGGUUAAACUAAAUACGGAUGGAGCUUCCCGCGGAAACCCAGGGUCUGCUGCUGCAGAUGGGGUGCUUCGGAAUAACUAUGGAGAAUGGUGUGGUGGCUUUGCGCUACAUAUCGGGAGAUGCACAGCGCCGGUAGCGGAGUUGUGGGGCGUUUAUUAUGGAUUGUGCUUUGCUUGGGACAGAAAGAUUGUGAAGCUCGAAGUGGAAAUUGAUUCUGAGCUGGUGGUGGGUUUUCUUACGACAGGGAUUGGUAGUUCACAUCCGCUGUCCUUCCUGGUGCAUCUGUGCCAUGGCUUCAUCAAAAGGGACUGGGAAGUCCGCAUAUCUCACGUGUAUAGGGAGGCUAAUCAUCUGGCUGACGGAUUAGCAAACUAUGCUUUUACUCUUGCUCUAGGUUUGCAUAGCUUCGUAGAAGCCCCAAGAGAUGUUAUUUCUAUUUUACAAGAUGAUGUACUUGGAUCUGCGUAUCCAAGGAAUAGGAUUUCUCUCGAGAGCGGAAUCGACGUCGAGUUUAGCUAUUUGCCACGCGGUUUGAUCAACGAUGCUAUAUCUCCCCGAGUUGUGAUUUCCAACGAUCGGCAAGUGCAAAAUUUCGUUGGAUACAUAAGGAAGCAGGAGUCAAAGCAGUUGUGUUUGACACUUAAGGAUCCCAAAGAAAAUAGUGGAGUCCACAUUGAUGGUAAUGGUGAUCAUGGAGGUGUACCUCCAACCGAUGGAUUAUCCCAUGUCAAAGAUGAGAUCAAAAAAGGGAAAAUGAUACUCAAAGAGAUCAAUGAUGAAGAGGAAGUAUUGUCGCAAAAGGAAAUCGAGUAUGAUUAUCAAUUUCGUGGCGCUUUGAUGGAAGCUGUGAAGAUAAAGCAAGAAUUCAGAAGCAAAAGUCUGUUGAAAUCCACUUUCGAAAUCCUUGCUAUGAAGCACAAUUUCGACUACAUCGUGCUCAAAUCGGACACUAGUUUUUGGACAGCUCGGUGUGUGGUCAAAGAAUGCAACUGGCGCGUUCGAGCAGUGAGUCUAAAAGGUACGACCAUGUUUGUCAUCACCAAGUAUGUGGGUGAACACACUUGUGCUCCUUCAGGUAAAGCCAAAAUCGGGAGGACAGCUUCAGCGAAGACAAUUGGCAAUCUCAUUAUGCAGAAGUAUGAAGGUGUCAAAGAAGGACCUAAACCCAAUGAUAUCAUUCAGCUGAUGCGUAUUGAGCACAGAUGCAAGAUCUCUUACGAUCUAGCAUGGGAGGCACGUGAGUUUGCUGUCAAUUAUGUGAGAGGAAUACCUGAGGAGAGUUAUGCAAAAAUACCAAGGUACUUGCACAUGCUAAAAGAAGCUAAUCCGGGUACCCAUACUGCUUUCAAGACGGAUCCUGAUGGUAGUUUCAGAUACAUGUUCAUCUCUUUUGGUCAGUCUAUAAGAGGGUUCUACAAAGCCAUGCGACGGGUAAUCGUUAUUGAUGGUACAUUCUUGAAGAAUAAAUACAAAGGAACACUACUAGUUGCUACAGCUUUAGAUGGUAACUCGAAUUUGUAUCCACUAGCAUUUGGUGUGGUUGAUUCAGAGAAUGAUCUAUCAUGGGAAUGGUUUUUGAGGCAGCUACAUGUUGUUAUUGAGGAUGAUUACGAUCUGGCCUUCAUCUCAGACAGGAAUUUGUCCAUUGGCAGACUACUUCCUAUAGUUUACCAACGAGCUACUCAUGGAAUUUGUAUUCACCACUUGCUGAACAAUGUCAUCUCUUAUCUACAUGGAAAAGGUGUGGCUGCUUUGGUUGCAAAGGCUUCUAAAGCAUACAGAAUUGCUGAUUUUCAGACGAUGAUGACUGAUAUCGUUAAGAACAGACCGGAUGUGGGGAAGUAUCUUGUGAAAGCUGAUGUGAGAAAGUGGGCUCGCUGUCUAUUUGUUGGAUACAGGUAUGAUGUUAGGACAACUAACCCCGCUGAGUCGUUGAAUUCAGCAUUGAGAUCACCUAGAGAGUUCCCGGUAAUCCCUCUACUAGACAGCAUUAGAGAAAUGUUGACAAGGUGGUUCUUUAAGCGUAGAACAUUGAGCUCCAAGCAUACCCACCCUCUAACGUUGCUGUUGAGAAGAAGAUUACAAGAAGGACGGAAAAGGGCAUGCGAUCCCAGAGCAAUUUUUGCAAUUGGAAAGCAACCACAUGAAUUCACAGAUGAGCUGUGGAAAACUGAGUUAUGGAGAGUUGGGUAUGAAGAAGCAGUAAAUCCAAUAGGUGUUCCUGAGGAUGCAUGGAGUGUCCCCCAAGUUGUUGAUGAAGAGAUUGUUUCUUGUCCAGAAUCACGCAGAGCUGCUGGUAGGAGAAGAAAGAGACGGUUUGAAUCGGUUGAGGACAAGAUUAGAUCGCAGCAAAGGAAGACACACAAGUGUAGUCGAUGUGAUAAUUCAGGCCACAAUAGAGCAACAUGUGACAUGCCAAUCUAG